AUGGGUGACAUUUCUUUCUCUAAUGGCAUGAGUAAUGGGAAUGGGAAUGCAGUGGGAUUCCAAAGAAAGAGCUGUUGGUAUGAAGAAGAGAUUGAAGAGAACUUGAGAUGGUGCUUUGCUCUAAAUAGUAUUUUGCAUACAGGUGCCAGUCAGUACCAGGACAUUCAACUUUUGGAUACAAAGCCUUUUGGGAAGGCUCUAGUGAUUGAUGGAAAGCUUCAAAGUGCAGAGAUUGAUGAAUUUGUCUAUCAUGAAUCUCUUGUCCAUCCACCACUUCUUACUCAUCCCAAUCCGAAAACAAUAUUUAUUAUGGGGGGAGGUGAAGGAUCCACCGCAAGAGAAAUACUUAGACACAAGACAGUGCAGAAGCUUGUCAUGUGUGACAUUGAUCAGGAAGUGGUCGAGUUCUGUAAAUCAUACUUGACGGUUAAUAGAGAAGCUUUUUGUGACCCUAGACUAAAGCUCAUCAUCAAUGAUGCAAGGGCUGAGCUUGAACAAAGAGAAGAACUCUAUGAUGUGAUCAUAGGAGACUUAGCAGAUCCAAUAGAAGGUGGCCCCUGCUACCAACUCUACACCAAAUCCUUCUAUGAAUUCACAGUUAAACCAAGGCUCAAUAAGGGUGGCAUUUUUGUCACACAGGCAGGACCAGCCGGAAUCUUCAGCCACACAGAAGUGUUUUCUUGCAUCUACAACACUCUGAGGCAGGUUUUCUCCUACGUUGUGCCUUAUUCAGCUCACAUUCCUUCAUAUGCUGACACAUGGGGAUGGAUCAUGGCAUCAGAUUUCCCAUUGAUGCUGAAUGCUGAUGAAUUAGACCUGAGAAUCAAACAGAGGAUCGAAGGGGAGAGUAGAUAUAUUGAUGGCAAAACAUUCACAUCAGCAUCUACCUUGAGCAAAGCUGUUCGAAAUUCGUUGGAUAAUGAGACUCAUGUUUACACAGAAGGAAAUGCAAGGUUUAUAUAUGGCCAUGGAGCUGCCUACAAACACAACUAA